AUGACCGCGAGUUGGAACGAGGUAAACAGCAAAUGGGUGGUCAAACUACGGAGACUUUACACCCCGGAAAGACCAACAGAUCCACAAGAGUGGGAAGAGGACUGCGGCCUUCUCUUGAAUGGUUGUGGGUUCUUAAACGCUUGGAAAUGGCCUGAUAUUCCCAGGCUCCACUCCUUCAAAGGUGAUCUCUUCCACACCGCAACUUACAACGAAGGUUUUGAUCUCAGGGGGAAGUUUGUCGCUGUGAUAGGCAAUGGUAGCUCUGGGGUCCAAGCUGUUGCCGAAGUUUACAAGCACGCAUCUAAGUUAGUAACCUGGGUUCGAAGUCCAACCUGGAUCAUUGCUGCCAUUGGCCAGGCAAAGGGCAAACGCUCCUCCGAGACAGCUGAAUCGGACGAAAAUGCUUUUGCCUACUCGGAGAUGAAAGAGAAAUUGAGACACCGACCGGAUAUCUUCGAGGCACUUCUCCCAAGGAACUUCAGUGUCAAUUGUCGCCGUCCUACCCCGGGUAAUGGCUAUCUGGAAGCUCUAGCAGGCGAGAAGACAACAGUUCUCCCUGGGAGUAUUCAAUCGGUAACAUCUUCGGGAGUGGUCGAUACCGCGGGAGUAGAACAUAAGGUCGAUGUGAUCCUCUGUGCUACUGGAUUUGACACAUCGUUCAGACCUCGAAUCCCCAUUAUAGGCCUCGACCCGAAGACGACCCUAGCCGAGAAGUGGGCCGAAUUUCCUGCUAGCUAUCUUGGGGCGUCGGCAGACGGAUUUCCUAACUACUUCACUUACGGAGGACCCUUUACUGCAGUGGCCAUAUUCGCCGCCUCACUCCGCGAGCCUCAGCGGUGCACGACUUCGUUCGGCACUUGGUACAAGAUGGGAACGAAGGACCUGCGAAAGCUCGUCAUGUGGCCCGGCUCCCAACUGUCGUACUUUGAAAUGAUUCAGCAGCCGUUCUUGCAGGACUACGAGAUCGAGUAUUUGAGUGGGAACAGGUUCGGCUUCAUGGGCAACGGGUUCUGUGGCUUUGAAUUUACUGGUACAAAGGACAUGACGUGGAACUUAGACCGUUUCUCUGGUCGUGAUGACUUGAGAGCUGGAGUGCCGCGGAAAGACCCGCACGAGUUCAAGGACCUAGCCGACGGUCGCGUGCCAUGA